AUAGUGACGUUUGGUUGUUUGUGAUUGUUUGAAAAUUACCUGGGAAAUAUUUUGUAUUUUGCAUUCAAAUUCCUAAAGUUUGAAUUACUUUUUUCUUGCGGCUACGGGUGCCUCCAACUAUUCCCAAAAUGGGUCCAACGAAAAUGACUCCGGAGGACCAGCAGUUCAACAUUUCGUUCGUUGCGGAAGUAAAGAAACAUCCAUGUCUCUUCGACAGUAACAGUACGGAGUAUAAGCAAGCUCAGAUUCAGGACAAAUCCUGGCAAGCUGUGUCAGCAAAUGUGAACGAAAGUGUCGAUAUGUGCAAAAAGCGCUGGAGAAACCUGCGAUGCUGCAUGACCCGGUACUUAAAGUCUGUUCGCGAUAACGCCGACGGCGGAUCCAGUAUUCGGAGAAAGCCGUACUAUUUGUAUAAUCACAUGCAGUUCGUAAUACCCUAUUUGAAGAUGAAGGAUGGCGAAGGUUCGACAUAUGAAUCAGAAGAUUCCGUUUGGGUAAAAGGUAAUAAUAGUGCAGAAGUUUUAAAGGAGGACGAAGAUGAAGACGAAGAGCCAGAACAGGAUAUAGAGACGAUCGAUGUGCAGGAGGAAGACCACCAGCAAAUAAAGCAAAGUAUCAUUCAGUCUAUUAAGAUCUUACCUAUGAGCCAGGAAGAGCAAAACCAGGAAACGACCACCACCUAUGAAAUAAUCGAGGCAACUCCUUCUAAGCAGCCACGCAUCGAAUCGGUUCACAGCUUAUCAGCCGUGACACCUGUGUCGACCACUCAGCAAGCGGCCAAGCACAAAGACCCGCUUAAUCUUAAACACUUCACCUACACUGUCGCCACACCGCAGGCGAACACCGCCACUCUCUACACUUCCACCCCGAUCGUAACCGGACAGCAUCAACUGCAGGCUGCUACCUCCAGCUCGAAUGCACAGCGGAAACAGACGGCGCAGCAGCAACAGGCGCAAAAUUUAGCUAAUGCCGCGGCCGACGCGGAUAACAACUUCUUCAAAAGUCUCAUUCCCGACAUACAGUCGAUGAACAUGGACCAGAAGCGCAAACUAAAGAUUGGUAUCCUGCGUCUGAUCGACGAGAUUCUCAGUACGACGUAAAAUUACUGUAAUCCUUUAUAUUUUUUAUUCUUUUACACAUUUAGUUUGCAACUAAGUUUAUUUAUAGCCAUGAAUGAAAAAGGAGGUACAAUACCUUGUACAUACUACAGUGUAAUGACAUGCUAUAAUAAUUAGCAUGAACAAAAACGUCAGGAUAACCUUUUAAUCACGUUUUAACUUGUAGUGUGAACAAAGUAUAAAGUUUAGGCGGGAAACGAGAUUUAUUUACCAUCAAUUUCUACUGCCGGAUGCCGGACCUAAAAAAACCAUUUGUAAAACGAUGCAUCUUUUGAAAGCGUCAAUGAACGUAAUACAAGCUCGAUUUAGCGUCUUUAUAGUUUUUGAUAUGCUCCUUUUGAUUUCAUUGCUAGAUCUAUAUAUAUAUACAACUCUUGAUUUUUCAAGUAACCUAACAUUAUUCAGUUAAAAAUAGUUCUGUAGGAUUAAUGUAUUGUAGAUGUAAUUAUCUAGUUGGUUGCGCAAUUUUAAUUUCCGAAAAUAUCAAGAGCUAGAAAAGUAACGUACAAUAUUAUGUAUCUGACAUUUUAAUGAAUGGUGAAUAAAGAUUUUGAAAAUAGUCA